AUGUCGCUCGCCCAGCACGUCACGCAGGCCGUCGGCUUUGACUACGAGGGCCCUGCCGCCUCCCACGCCGGCGACGACCAGGACAAUGAGCGACAGAGCUUGCUAUGGGCCCCUGCACCGCAUUCCGAGGCAGGCGUUGAGGAGAGCAAUGAACAGAACCUCAUGCCCGAAUGGCGCGAAUUGAGCUACGCGCCCCUAGACCUCAAGCUCGACGAACCCCUGGAGCGCAAUGCCGCAUACAAGGUCACCAACACAAGGAGGAUAGCUCAGGUGAUAGCGGGGAUCAUCGUCAACUGGCUGGCGUCCGGCAUUGUCUUUGGCUUCGCCGCGUUGAAGCCCGUGCUGGUAGCCGAAGGUGUGUACGCCGACCUCUGCACUUCAGAGGAGCUGAUCAUCCACCACGACAAGGUCAUCCUGCCUUGCCCGCAGCAGAACAUACGUCUGAACCUCUUCUUCGUCGUCGCCUCCAUCACUGCCAAUGUCGGCUCUCUGCUGGCCGGCGCAACGCUCGAUAGGUACGGGAGGCGUCUCUGCUGGAUCAUGGCGAGCUUCCUGCUGGCCAUCGGGACCUUGCUCAUGGCCUGCUCGUUUGCGAUAUCCGACUUUGAUGGCUACAUUGCCGGCAACGUCUUCCUCGCUCUGGGUGGGACCUAUGUGUUCGUAUCCAGCUUCGAAUUAGCCAAUGCUUUCCCGAAGCACUCUGGUCUCGUGGUGGCUCUCGUCACUGGCGCCUUUGACGCGUCAGCUGCCGUAUUCUUGUUCUACCGCAUGGCCUACGACAAGACAGACGGAGGGUUCUCACCUGCCAAGUUCUUCUUCUGCUACCUCGUUGUGCCGCUCUUGAUCCUCCUCCUGGAGCUCUCUCUCAUGCCGCCGCAUCCGUACCACACGAUUCCAGAGCUCGAGACCAAGAUCGAGAAGGCUCAGGAUCCCAUGCGCGACAUACACGAGUCCGACGAAGACAUCGAAGAUAACAACGAGCUCGAGCGCGUGCGCAGCAUUCGUGCCGACAAGCGCCAUGCCAAGCUCGACCAGCUUGAAGACAUUGUUGGUGAUGCCGACGAACGCGACGAACGCAUCAAGCUCGAAGAAGAACGCCAGGAGGCGAGUCGUGUGUGGGGUGUCCUCCACGGCAUGCCCUUUAAUCGACAGAUGCGCACGCCGUGGUAUCUGCUCAUCCUCGCCCUCACCGUGACGCAGAUGUUCCGGAUGAACUACUUUAUCGCGACCAUCCAGUCGCAGUACGUGUAUAUGCUAAAGGACGAAGAGACGGCGACGCAGAUCAACCACUUUUUCGACGCGGCACUGCCCAUUGGUGGCAUUGCGGCGACGCCCUUCAUUGGGCUCAUUCUCAACAGACUGAGUGUGGCAUCGAUCGCCGGCUUGCUUACGGCCUUUAUCAUCUCUAUUGGCGCUUUGAACUGUCUGCCGUUUGUGUGGGCUGGUUACAGCACCGUCAUCUUGUUUGUGCUCUUCCGACCAUUGUAUUAUUCGGCUAUCUCUGAUUAUGCCGCCAAGGUUUUCGGGUUCGCCAGUUUCGGCCGCAUCUACGGGACCGUCGUCUGCAUUUCCGGCCUGAGCAACUUUGCCCAAACCGCCAUCGACGCUCUCGUGUUUGGCCCCCUCCACGGGAACCCCGUGCCCGUUAACAUUGGACUCGGUGCCUGCGGGGCUAUCGUCGGCCUUGCUCUGACGACCUAUGUCGCAAUCAAGGGCAGGGUGUUCCACCAGGAGAAGGAGCGGCAGCGGCUUAUGAGUGUCAGCGAGGCUGGCGGCUACGGCACGACUGCAUGA